CAGCAACAGAGAAACUGAAGCCGGCACAGAGUCACUGUCAGACAGCCACAGAAGCAGAGAUUCACCGCCACCUCCUCCACCUCCCUCCACCUCCUCCACCUCCUCAGUCUGGUGAGACUCAUCCUUCAUAUCCUCACUCUGUUGGUUCUAACAGCAGCUGCUUCUAUCUCUUCUUCUUCUUCUUCUUACUUACUCGCCAGCGGAGGGAUAUUACUUUGUUUUCCGGAAGAGUGGAGUCUCCAUGAAGACCAACUUCUUUUGGAUGAGCCUGUGAGAAGAAGAAUCUUCAACAGCAAGUCUCUGUUUUUGAUUUUUAUUAAUAACUAUCAGGUCCAAUUUUAAAUUAGUAUUUAAGUUAUAAAAAAAAGGACUUUAAUUUUAGACUUUUUUUUAAGUACUGAAGCGAUUUUCUAGUUUAGGCCCAGUGUGAAUGGGGAUUUGAGGGUUUUUUCCCAGCCCCUCUCCCUCCACAGGGAGCUCUUCUUACAGAGCAGUGCCCAACAGAGCUGCUAAGGACCUUACAACUUUCCCAAGAACACUACAAACUGACUGGUGGGGACUAGGGUCCCACCUGUUACUCCUUUGUUUGUCUUCGGAGACAGCAAUGACCAUGCUGUGCCUAAAGAAAUACUUCACAGAGGGCCUCAUCCAGGUGGCCAUCCUGCUGAGUCUCUGUGGAGUGAGGGUCGACGUGGGACUGGAGCCCUACCUGCCUCCCUCCUUGCAAUCAAUGAUGGGUCAGACCUCGGCACUGACCCAGACGCAGUUCCACAAUCUCCGCAACCACCUGGAGGAUGGCCACGGCUUGCACCCCAAGAAUGUAGACCUGGACGGAUUUUUCACAACAAGAAGGCUGCUGGGCUGGGUCCGCUCUCUGGACAGACUACAGAUUCCUCAUGCUGAGCUGGAGACAUGGCUGGUCCAGAGGGAGCCAGAUCCUCUACCCAUUGAACGUCCAGAUCAGUCCUCCCUGCUGGAGAGAGCUCCUGCCCGGCUGGAGAGAGACCUGAUUGGUCUGACUGUGGAGCCCAGACCUGGACUUGGUACCUUGCAGGAAGAAGUUGAGGCUGAAGAAAAAGAGGAAGAAAUACAUAAUGAGCUUCAUUACAGUGAUGAUCUGGAUGAGAGUGGAGAGGAAGAGGAGGAUGAAGAGGAAGACAUGGCCAGGAUGCAUAGCCAUUACAUGAGGACACUGGGAGGAGGAAGAACAGAGCGUUCUGACAGCCGUGCUAACAACAGAGAGUUGACUCACAAUGAAGUGGAACAGACUUCUUUCCCCCUUCAGGAGUGUUUGAGGCUCUUGGAGGAAACCUUUCCCUUCACAGAGGAACAACAGUUAAGUGAUGUUGGCGGUCGAGGGGGAGACCUGGGACGUCACCACUCAGGCAGGGAGCCCCUGCUGUCCCCCAUCAUCCCCACUGAUAACCCCACUUUGGACCUGGAGCUUGACUGGCAGGACCUGUUUGCUAUCAUGGAACCUGAGAACACAGACGUUGAAACGAUGAGAUCAUUUGACAACGUCUUAGAGUCGAGACCCCCUGUGACGCCGCCUGUUGAGUCAGAAACUUUGAACCUAAACUGUAACAACCUUGACAAUGGCAUAGCCGAUGCUCAUCAGGAUGCCCAUCUAGUAGAAACUCCCCUGCAGCAUGGUUUCUUGUGGCCUGCCAGCCAGCCCCAGCUCGAACCAGCCCUUCUCCCCCUCACUCCCAGUGCGGAGUUGGAUGAUCACACUUCAGCCUUCAAUACAUGGGAUAUUUCAAAAAACCCAAACGUGAAUACCUUACACAGGCCUCCAGAUCACAUGGAUCUCUUGGCUGAGGAACCUUCAGAAGAUUUCUCUAUGGGACAAAAUGCAGAUGAUAACUCGAAUACCUUCAACAUAAACCUGUUAGCUCAAGAUCCAGUGGAUAACUUGGAAGAAAGUCCGUGUGUAGAAUAUGCUCCCUACCCUGGAGACCUCGCUAGCUUUAACGUUAACUUAAAUUCACGUCACUUAACAGCUCCCAGUCCUUCCCUGUCCCCAGACAGGAAUGAUAUGACUCAGAACCUUCCGAUAUCUCCCUCCAGUGUCUUUCUAGUUGAUGAGGAGGAUGUUGGUGAUGAAGAUCUCCCUGGCCAAAUUAGUGACCUCCUAGAGGAUGCUGCCAUCUUGGAUGAGAUGAGAUUGUUGGACCUGGCUCUGGAGGAAGGAUUCAGUCCAGAGAUGGCAGCACGGCUGGAGGAGGAGGGCUACCUUGACAGUGAAAUAGCCAAACAUGACACUGACAGGGAUGGUGAUCACUCUUCCACGGCAGUCACAGAGGAUCAGAGUGAACCAGGAAGACAUCAGCAAGAUGGUGAUGAUGAGGCAGACACUGACUCUGGUCUCUCCCUGGACUUCAGCUACAGCCCUGCUUCUCCAUUUGCUUCUGAGUCCUCUUAUUAUUCAUCUUCCUCCUCGUCUGCAUCAAACUCCUCAUUAUCCUCUAUUUCAGAUGUGGAAAGUCCCUUCUAUGAAGACAAGGAAGAAGAUGCUGAGGAAGGAUUAUUGGCUUCAGAUAUGGAAGUGGAGGUGACCAUAAAGCAGGAGGAGCUGGAUGAGGAGGAGAUGGGGGCAGUAGGAGGGUAUCCUGAAGAUAUUAAGAAACUCCUCCCUGUUAACUAUGGUGAUCACAAGCUGUUAAAUGGCUUUACUUGGCUGGAGCAGAUUGACCAUGAUCACACGUACAACCAGCCCCUGCCCUCCGCCUCCUCUCCAUCACGCAAUAUACCCACCAAACACACAAAAUCCUCUCCACAACAUCCCAACCAUUACCACUACUCCUCUUCCAGACACAUCUCUGAGACCAAAAUGCGGAGCCGAGAUGAGCGACGUGCUCGAGGCUUGAAGAUCCCCUUCUCCAGCGAACUGAUUAUUAAUUUGCCAGUGGAAGAGUUUAAUGACUUGCUGACCAAUUAUAAACUCAAUGAGGAGCAGCUCAGCCUCAUCAGGGACAUACGGCGCCGUGGUAAGAACAAGAUAGCAGCCCAGAACUGCAGGAAGAGGAAACUGAGUGUGCUGCUGGGACUGGAGGACAAUGUUUCAGGUUUGAGGCGCCGCCGUUCGCGACUGCUCCGAGACAAACAGGACACCCUGAGGAAUCUGCAAGAAAUGAAACGCAGACUGGGCACUUUGUAUCAGGAAGUCUUUUCCAGGCUGAGGGAUGGAGAAGGAAGGCCACUGGACUCUGCAGAGUACUCUCUUAAUUUUGGUCCCAAUGGUAGUGUCAUGGUGGCUUCACACCAACAAGAAGGAUUGGUGCCACUGACGGGAGAAAAAACAAGCAAGAAACAGAGGAACAAGAAGAAGUGAGGAGGAAAUAUUAUAUGGUGUUAAAUGAAGAUGCUGAAAGAUAACAUUAAAUCCUCAAACACCCAAAGAGAUAAGUGGCUGGCUAGAGAGGGAAUCAAGACGCAGGAAAGGGUUCUUUGACGCAGUAAAGGGUUCUUUUUAUUGUCCUGAUGAUGUUGAUGAUAAGGCGAGCUUCUCCUCUAGGAUGAGUUGCUCUCUAUUUUUCACUAAACAUUUUUCUACACUGGAAAAAGACUUGCAUCCAACUCUUGACAGGUGUGGGAUACAACUGGGAUAAAUUUGGGAUGUCUGUACUCAUUGGACUCCAAAUAACAGACAAUUGAUGACCUGGGACCAUCAUUAAAAACAAACCUCUCUAUGCCUAUCACCUGCCCACGAGGAGGGACAAUCCAGCAGGCUGACAGCAGGCUGGACCCUGGCUGUCAGCUAAUUCAGCCAAGUGCAGACAAUGACAGAGCCACCAAAGACAGAUUGCUGGUAUGAUGAACAAAUUGAGAAGAAGGUGGGAUAUGUCACCAUUCAUCACGUGAUUCAGCUGUGAACAAAGCAAGUGAUGGAAGUAAGACAAUGAAGAAUUUAGUGGACAGGGAGCUUGGAGCCCCACACCUGGCCACUCACAGCCGAUAUAGGCUGGUGGACCCUCCCUCCAAUUUACUGUUGUGUUGAAGAGGUACAAAGUAAAGUCUAAAAAAACUCGGUGUACAAAUAUUUAAGGCUUUUGGAAUCACAGACGGAGCUUUUUUGUUAUACACUGUUUAACUGAAUGACGAAUGAUUCAUUUUCUGAAGAAGUUGUGUCGGCAUUGGUUUUCUAUUUCCUGUCAACUGAAAGCACGAUAGCAGUGGGUUUUAACUGUGCCUUUUUAAAUAUGUGGAUUUGGGUUUUUACAAAUUUACAACAUAUCAGUCUGUGAAACUGUAGAACUCCUGGUGCCUGUUCCAAAGAAGAUGGCAGGAAUCUGUUUUCCAAAUGUAGCAGAAGGGGGGGUGGCUCUGCCAUUAAUGAAACCUACUGUCAAUCAUGGCAGGUCUGUAAAAUAUGGGAUAAAUACACCACGUCAGAGUUAAGUUGUGAAGCUAUUAAUGUUCCUGUAUGGGGGUUGGGGAUAUGGAAGGUGGAAGAUGUAUCAAUUUAGAGACAAAUUACAAAGAACAAACGACAGAUUUAUAACAUCAGGUUCUAAGACUUCAAGGAUAGUGAGGGAGUUUUGAAGUUAGCAUGUCACCCUCUGGUGGUUGUAGACAGAGCUGAGCAAGACCGAACUCAGAGAGCAAUUACUAGUACAAGGAAUUGGCAGCAGUUUGACCUGUUGGUGCUAAUAAACUUUGACAUAAAUGUACAGGGAAAGUCUUUUAUUCAAAGAUAGUGAAAAGGAGUUUCUCAGGAAUGAGCACAGCCAGGAUAAGCUAGUUGUUUUUUUCCCCUAUACAGUACACAGUCAAAACACAUUUUCAGUUUGUGAUACAUUAAUUAUUUCCCGUUUCAUUUACUCUUAGGACAAAAAAAAGUUGAUGCUUCACUUGGUGGAUACCUUGUUUGUAAAUCACAUUACUCUCCAUAUACACCUGUGCCCCUUGAACAGCAGAGGCAAGUAAAUGGAAUGAAUUUGUUUACACAAAAAUAAAAAAUAUUUUGACUGAGAACGUUUAAACCUGCAUGCAUGCCUCACAUCUUCAGAUGGAACAAGAUUAUAUUCAUUGUUGUGGUUGUUAAGCAUUUUUAUUUGUGUUUGCCCACUGUGCCUGGUAGUAUUCAAGGACAUGCACCUCAACUUUUGUAAUAUUAAAAACUAAAUUCCUUCUCUUGUGUUUACAUGGUUAGAAAAACCGGUAUCAGCGCAAAUGUUGCCAUUUGCUGUUGUGCAUUAUAACUGGGUCUGUAUAUUUAGUGCUUUUCUAGUCUUGGUGACCACUCACACUGUCAGCGCAGCCAUCGGGCCAAUUUGGGGUUCAGUAUUAUCUUGCCCCAAGGACACUUGGGCAUAUGGGAUCGAACCACCAACCCUCUGGCUAGAGAUCGACCUGCUCAACCUCCUGGACCACAGCCGCCCCCACUGAGCUUCAAUUAUGUGUAUAACCAGGACAGUUGGCAGAACUUGGCAAUCAAAUGUUGACUGUAUUAACAAAAUAUACACUCUUGUUAGCAUUGGCUGCAGACUGGGUUUUAUACAUUCAGGGAAUAUUAAAACUGAUACCAUGUU